CGAGGAAGCUCAGUGCGUUGUGUGUGGUUUCGGAUGUACGCUUGUGCGCGACACACACAUAUGACACGAUACAGGCUCGGAGCGAGGCGAAAGAAGACAAUAUGUCAAUGUUUGUCGUGUUUAAUGCCAUCAGCGUUUUGCUGUCAUGCUUCCAGUAGUAUUACAGAGGUGAGCGGGGAUGUCUGGCUGCGCAGCGCUGAUUGACGGACCGGAGCGGCUGUGCUUGUUUUAACGCGCAACGAUCUUUUCAGCUCGCGCGCGAACUUUGCGAGAACUUUGAAGCAUCGCUUUUCUUCCAGAAGAGCAAGGUGAAACAGCAUGGCGACACAAAACGAUUGCUGUGUCAAGGUCUCUGUAAGGAUCAGGCCACAGAUGGCAAAGGAAAAGAUCGAGGGAUGUCACAUCUGCACCUCCGUGACUCCCGGAGAGCCCCAGGUGCUCCUGGGAAAAGACAAGGCCUUCACGUAUGACUUUGUGUUUGACCUGGACGCCCACCAACACCAGAUCUACAGCGCCUGUGUUCAGAAGCUCAUCGACGGUUGCUUUGAAGGAUACAAUGCAACUGUCUUUGCUUACGGACAGACUGGUUCAGGAAAGACGUACACCAUGGGCACCAGCUUUGAUAUGACCAUGUCUGAGGAGGAGCAGGGCAUCGUUCCUCGGGCAGUGCGACAGCUCUUUCAGGGCAUUCACAAACGCAGACUGGAGGCACAGAGAGCUGACAAUCCCGAACCAGAAUUCAAAGUCAGCGCCCAGUUCCUGGAGCUGUAUAAUGAGGAGAUCCUUGACCUGUUUGAUAGCACACGCGACCCGGAGACUCGAGGCAGGAAGUCCAACAUUAAGAUCCACGAGGAUGGCAGUGGCGGCAUCUACACUACAGGAGUGACCUCACGGCUGGUCAACUCUGAGGACGAGCUUCUGCAGUGUCUGAAGUUGGGUGCUCUGUCCCGUACCACAGCCAGCACACAGAUGAACGCCCAGAGCUCUCGCUCUCAUGCCAUCUUCACCAUCUACCUCUGCCAGAUGAGAGUGUGCUCGCAACCGCACCUGGAGAACGGCGAGAUGAACGGUGAAUCUGACGGUUCCAUCUCUCAGCCUGAGUAUGAGACGCUCACUGCUAAGUUUCACUUCGUGGACCUGGCGGGUUCAGAGCGCCUCAAACGCACAGGAGCCACUGGAGAGAGAGCGAGAGAAGGCAUCUCCAUCAACUGCGGCCUGCUGGCCCUGGGUAAUGUGAUCAGUGCAUUGGGAGAUCAGAGCAAGAAGGCCGGCCAUGUGCCGUACAGGGACUCCAAACUCACACGCCUGCUUCAAGACUCACUGGGAGGAAACAGUCAGACUGUGAUGAUUGCCUGCGUGAGCCCCUCUGACCGAGACUUCAUGGAGACCCUCAACACUCUGAAGUACGCUAACCGCGCUCGCAACAUCAAGAACAAAGUGAUCGUGAAUCAGGACAAAACCAGUCAGCAGAUCAGCGCCUUGCGAGCCGAGAUUGCACGUCUGCAGAUGGAGCUCAUGGAGUAUAAAGCGGGAAAGCGAGUGGCCUGUGAAGAUGGAUCCGAGGGAUUUAGCGAUUUGUUUCAGGAGAACUCGAUGCUUCAGAAGGAGAACGAUACGCUGCGUAUGAGAGUCAAAGCCAUGCAAGAGACAAUUGACCACCUCAACACACGGGUCACUCAGCUCCUUACAAACGGAGUUAACCUGCUGCUCACAAAGACAGACAAAUUGUUUUCAUUUUACUCAGGCGAAACAAAUGAGGAGAUUGGUAAUCUAAUCCAGAACUACAUUCGAGAGAUUGAAGAGCUGAGGUCUAAACUGCUGGAGAGUGAGGCCAUGAACGAGUCUCUGAGGCGGAGUUUGUCUCGUCUCUCUUCCCGCUCUCCAUACCCCCCUUCUCACCCCGCUGCUCCAGGACUCUCUCUUUGCUCCUCCCCCUCCGUUUCCGUGGAUGCGGAGAUGACAGAUGUCAUUCGUCAAGCCAAAUUAGACGUGGAGAGGCUGAAGAAGAAGGAGAAAAACCAGAGGAGGAAGAGUCCUGAUAAAGAAAAGGGUUUAAAGAAGAGAGCCAAACUUCUUCCUCAGGAAAAUGGUGAAAAAAGCGAGAAUGAAUUGAGCAGAGAAAUUGUGGAGAGACGAGAAAAUGGAGAUGGGGAUUCUGAUAAUGAACCUGAGGAGGAUGGCAUGUAUCCCCUUCAGGAGGACGACCAGGUGGAGAGCGGUUGUGAUGAAGACGAAGAGGAGGAAGAGGAGAACCGCGAGGACGAAGAGUUCGACAGCGACGAGAGCCUGGUGGACUCGGACUCUGAUUCAGAAGAGAAAGUGAACCUCCAGGCGGAUCUGGCGGAUCUGACGUGCGAGAUCGAGAUCAAGCAGAAACUCAUAGACGAGCUGGAGAACAGCCAGCGACGGCUGCUCACGCUGAAGAACCGGUACGAGGAAAAACUCAUUCUGCUUCAGAACAAGAUCAGAGACACGCAGCUGGAGAGAGACCGUGUGCUGCAAAACCUCAUGUCCAUGGAGAACUACACUGAAGAGAAGGCCAGUAAGAUCAAAUCAGACUACGAGAAGCGUCUGAAGGAGAUGAACAGAGACCUGAUGAAGCUGCAGGCCGCUCAGAAAGAACACGCUCGUCUGCUGAAGAACCAGGGACGCUAUGAGAGAGAGCUGCAGAAACUGCAGUCUGAAGUGACGGAGAUGAAGAAAGCCAAGGUGGCCCUGAUGAAGCAGAUGAAAGAAGAACAGCAGAGGAGGAGGAUGAUCGAGGCUAAGAGGAACAGAGAAAUCGCACAGCUAAAGAAAGAACAGCGACGACAAGAGUAUCAGAUUCGUUCUUUGGAGUCUCAGAAGCGUCAACAGGAGAUGGUGCUGAAAAGAAAAACGCAGGAAGUGACAGCGCUGAGGCGGCUGGCCAAGCCCAUGUCAGAGCGUGUGGCGGGACGGGUGACUCGCAGACUCACCAGCGUGGACUCUGGAGUAGAGCUUUUUGCAAGCACGACCACGACUUCCACUGAACCCGAAUCUACACGCUCAGUGUCCAGCAUCAUACGCCAGUGGAACACCAAACUCGAUGGAUACCUGGGAGAGAAUGACAACCAUGGGAGUGCGGGAAAAAUGGCAAGCAGCAGGAAGAAAUUCCAAAGGAAGAGUACAAGCCCUGGUUUCUCAAAAUCAGCCCGACAGAAGUGGGUAGCUCUGGAGAGAAGAAUCAUGGACAUUGUGAUGCAACGAAUGACCAUCACCAAUGUGGAAGCUGAUAUGGAUCGAUUGAUCAAGAAACGUGAAGAGCUGUCCGUGCAGCAGGAGGCGCUGUUGCGUAAGAGAGAGAAGUUACUGAACGAGAGCUUCAGAGAGGAAGAGGAGGAGAGACUCCUUCAGGAGAUGAAUGAGGAGAUUGAGGUUCUCAAUGCCAACAUUGACUACAUCAGUGACAGUCUGUCAGACUGCCAGGCCACCAUCGUACAGAUCGAGGAGACCAAGGAUGAGCUGGAUUCUGUGGACACGUCAGUGGUCAUCAGCUCGUGCUCACUGGCUGAAGCUCGGUCUUUACUAGAUUACUUCCUCAAAGCCUCCAUUGACAAGGGCUUGCAGGUUGCUCAGAAAGAGUCUCAGAUUCGACUCUUGGAGGGUCAGUUACGGCAGACGGAUGUGAUUGGCUCCUCCCAAAAUCACAUGAUCCUGGAUGCUCUGAGAGAAAAGGCAGAAUGUAUCCCUGAAUUACAGGCCCUAAUUCACAAUGUCCAACAGGAGAACGGCUAUGCAAGCACAGAUGAAGAGGCGUCUGAGUUAAGUCAGGCAUCAGAGAGCUGUUUCCCUCAAAUGAAGUUGUCUGCCAGUCAAGAUGACAUUAAAAGAAAGGUUGAGCCUCGACUCUCUGUACAAAUGAAGGCGGUGUCUGCCGAGUACCUAGGACCCAUUCUGGACCCCACCACCAAGAACAUCACCAAGUCACUGGCGUCCCUCUCAGAGAUCCACGAGAACGGCCUGCUCCUUAAAGAGCUGUAUUCUAGGGAGCUGGUGACACGAACCAUCUGCCUCCCGGUUAGAGGACACACUUUCCCAAGGCAGUCCAGAGGGUCAGACACAUCUCCGUUAACAAGGAGGCAGUCUUAUGACCGAGGACAGCCAUACAGAAGUCCUGAUGUCGGAUACACCCCUCCCUCAUCACCUCCUCUCCGAACACGGAACGACCGCAACGUGUUUUCCCGCCUGACCAGCAACCAGAGUCAGGGCUCGGCGCUCGACAAGUCGGAUGACAGCGACUCCUCUCUCUCGGAGGUGCUCAGGGGUGUGAUCAAUCCCACAGGUGGGCUGAAGGGGGGCAGGACGGCCCCUCUGCAGUGCGUAGCGAUGGCUGAGGGUCACACCAAACCCGUGCUCUGUCUGGAUGCUACAGAUGAACUGCUUUUCACUGGCUCCAAAGAUCGUACCUGUAAGAUGUGGAACCUUGUGACGGGGCAGGAAAUCGUGACUCUGAAGGGACACCCAAACAAUGUAGUGUCUGUCAAAUACUGUCGCAACUCCUGCCUGGUCUUCACUGUUUCCACCUCGUAUAUCAAAGUGUGGGACAUUCGGGACUCUGCUAAGUGUGUCCGGACAUUCACGUCAUCGGGUCAGGUGGUCUCAGGGGACGCCUGUGCUGGUACAACCACCCGCACCAUAACUACAGCCCAGGGCGAGUACCAGAUCAACCAGAUCGCCCUCAAUCCCUCCGGAUCCGUGCUGUACGCUGCUGCCGGCAAUACCGUCCGUACUUGGGACCUCAACAGAAUGCAGGCCACAGGGAAGCUGACGGGACAUAUCGGGUCAGUCAUGUGUCUUACGGUGGGUUAUUCUGGUGGGGGCAAGGACCAGGUGAUCACCGGAUCUAAAGACCAUUAUGUGAAGAUAUUUGAUGUGGCGGAGGGCGCCCAGGGCAACGUCGGACCGGCUCAUAACUUUGAGCCCCCUCAUUAUGAUGGGAUUGAGUGCCUUGCCGUACACGGCGACAUCUUGUUCAGCGGUUCCCGUGACAAUGGCAUUAAGAAAUGGGAUCUGGGUCAGCAGGAACUGAUUCAGCAAAUCCCCAAUGCCCACAAGGAUUGGGUAUGCGCUUUGGCGUUCAUGCCCGGGCGACCCAUGCUCCUCAGCGCCUGCAGGGCGGGCAUGCUCAAGGUGUGGAACGUGGAUAACUUCACCCCCAUCGGAGCGAUCAAAGGCCACGACAGUCCCAUUAAUGCAAUCUGCACCAACUCCAAACAGAUUUUCACUGCCUCCAGCGACUGUCGAGUGAAGUUGUGGAGUUAUGUCCCCGGGCUCACGCCCUGUCUGCCCCGGCGGGUCUUGGCCAUCAAGGGCCGGGCCACCAGCCUCCCCUGAGCCUGCACUAAUACCUCCCGCCUCUGUGACAUGACGGUGAAGAUCUGGCAUCCGAAGAGGGGAAAGAGAAGGUGACGAACCUCUGUGUGAAGCGUUUGUUAUUGGUGCCUGCUGCUAAUUGGACGUCCGUGAGCUCAUCAAAUCCGAGUCUGACCUCCAGCGGUCGGCGGUCUCGUCCAUGAAGGAAAAGGUUUACGGUUUAUGUAGACCUGUGUUAUGGAGAUGAGACGCACCUGUAAAGGAAACCUGACGUAUGAGGAGUGAUAACCGGUUUGAGGAGCUUCUUUUUUUUUUAGGUGCUACUUCGGUCACAACACAUUUGAGCACUGUAGUGUCUGUAGAAGAAAGUGUGCACGUACACUUUCUUGUCUAAUGAAAAAUGUCCUUUGACGACUUUAUCGAUACAUUUAUCGUGACAAGGACACUGAAGAAUCCAAGAUGAAGGACGGCCACUUUAAAACCAAGUGGCACAAAAACUUUUUCGUUGUUAUUCAGAGUCAGAUGAUCUUUAGAUUUUUUGCUAGUAACUCAACCGUUUCGACUCUGUAUCCAGAACAUUCCAUAAUGACUCUUGAAGGUUUACGCUUUGUGUCUUCAGCAUUCCCGAUCCUAUUUCUAAAACACGUUGUAAUGUGCAAUAGUGUGAACUUCCACUCAUUUCAGCGCCUACGCGAGGUUUCAUUUGAACUUUCCUCAGCGACAAAAACUGCGAACCACCUUGUACAGCCCUCCUCCGACAGGCUUGGUUUGCUUUUAAACUCGUCCUCUUCUGUGUUUCCCGUUGCUGUGAAUAUUAAGUUCUUUAGCUCAGGUUUAAAUUAAGGGUGUAAAACUUUCACUGAUUCCGGGAUUUUGCUCAUGACAGGAUCCCAGCUUUAUUAUCUUUUAGAUGUGUGAAUCGAGCUCUCAGAAGUGUAAGCAGUAUUAAGAAUCUGCUGAGCGGGCAUUUCGAGGGCGUGUGUGUGUAAUAAGCCCAUCUCAUCUGGGGACUGUUGAAUUUUGUGACACUGGCAAGAUGUUCUCCUGAAGCCUGCAGAAUGAGAUGCUGCCUCAGGUUUAAGCGGCUGAUCUUACGGCGGCAAUGCCCAAGAUGUCUUUGUUGCGUAUAACUUAAGACGAUGAUUCAUAGUAUGUUUUGUUAAGAAUCUAACACUGGAUUGUUAGAUGAGAAUUGAGUUUUUUAGUCUUUUAAAUAUACAGUAAGAUUUGAAGAAUUUGAACAAAAGCUUUUGAUUCAGGAGCAGUUUUGAUAUUUUAUGGUGCUUAUGUCUGGGCCAUGUUUUUUCUUCACCAAGAAAUGAAAAUAUGUCAUUUACUUUCCCUUGUUGCCAAACCCAGUUGAAAACAACAUUUAAACAGAAUUUCCCACACUUGCUUUUUCUACACACUUGAGGUUAAUGGGGUCUGCCAUAUAGAAGCGGGUUUUUGUAUAGAAAAGAGGAGCAAGUAAAAUAUGUAUAUUAUAAAGUAUUUUUACUUUUGUGUAUUAUUAGAACAAAGUGAAUGAAAUAAUGAUUUUUUUGGUAAACCAUUUAUUUAAAGGGACAGUUCACCCCCAAAAAAUGAAAAUUCUGUCAUCGUUUACUCACCCUCAAGUUGUUCCGAAACUGUAUACAU